AUGUCCUACGAUCCCAACGACGUCGAGCACAUCGAGCUUGACGACUUCAUCUGCGACAAGUACAGCAAGCCUGGCGAGCUCGGCAACAAGCGCAAGUACAAGCACAUCAAGCCUAGCGACUUCAUCGGCAACAAGCACAAGCUCAAGUACAUCAAGUCUGGCGGCUUCAUCGGCGAUAACCACAAGCACAUCGAGCCUGGAAAGCUCAGCAACGAGCACAAGCACAUCAGGUCAGGCAGGCUCAUCAACAACCACAGCCACUUCAGAUCUGACAAGCUCAGCAACCACCACAAGUAUAUCAAGUCUGGGGACUUCAUCAACGAUCAGCACAAGCACAGAUACAUCAAGCCUAGCGAGCUCAACAACAAGCACAAGCACGUCAGAUUUAGUGACCUCAUCGGCGACAAGCACAAUCUCCAGUACAUCAAGCCUGGCAAGCUCGGCAACGAGCACAAGCACAGAUACAUCGAGCUCAGCAACAAGCGCAAUUCCAAGCACAUCAAGCCUAGCGGCUUCACCGGCGGCAAGCACAAUCACAAGCACAAGCACGUCAAGCUUCACCACUCUCAUGACAUCUACCAUCUCGUCCACAAGUACCUCCUUGCCAACAAGCUCUCUGGCGGCUACCACAACUACAGCAACUACAUUAUCGACUACCAGUAUCACAACAUCAGCUGCGGCGACGAGCACCACUGCAGCACCCCAAUGCAAUGCAUCGGUGGAUUUCUGUUCUCCCCUCGUUGUGGGCUGCAAGCUUUCGCCAACUCCUUCAUCGGUCAGGACAAUGUCCGGUCCGUCGGGUACGGCGACAACACGGCAUACGGAUUCAGCUUGACCACUUCAGAAUUGGAAGACUCGCUCGGCCUCCUAGGAUCCCUCAACUCGCUCUGCGCCGCAACGGGCAUCUUUGAGUUGCAGAUCUCGGAUACCACCUGCGCUGCGACCGCGCUCCCAACGCAGCAAUGCGACGUCGAUGUUUCCUUCUGCGCACUACAGUCUUUCGACACUGCAGGGAUCACAACGGGAACAUGCACCUAUGGUGUCCUUUCCCUCCCAUGUGCCCUCACGUCGCAAGUUGAGAGUAAAGCCCUCAGUGAUUGCCAAGCACUGGAUUCGGCCUGUCAAGCGUACGGCAACUACCUGCUGACUCCGCUUACUGCAUCACAGUCCGUUGCCGAAAUCCAAGAAUCCAUCGCCGCAUAUGCUCUGGACAACACUUGCCUGAUAAGCAGCACAGUCACUCUGAGUGACGCUUCAUGCUCCUGA